CGGGGCGAAGCGGAGGGUAGCGGCUAAGGCCCGGCGCGGAUGCGGUUGGGGACAAGCGUCCAAGAUGGCGGCGGCGCGGCUGGUGCUGGCGGGGCUGGUGCUGGGGGGCGGAGCGCGCCGGUCGGGUCCCGUGCUGGGCUGGUACGGACGCAGCUCUCUCUGGCCCCCCCUGGCUGACAGCUACGAGGGACACGUGGUCGGCGCGGCCCAGCUGAGCGCGCUCCUCGCCCCCGCGCUGGAUCGGGGCCCCCGCAACGUCGUGCUUUUCUGCAGGAGAAGCUCAGCCUGGAGGAUUUCACGGCAUAUGGGGGCGUCUUCGGAAACAAGCCCGACAGCGCCCUUCCCCAACCUGGAGAGUGCCCUGGCAGGGGCCCCCUCAACUCUGGUGCUCCCAGCUGUGCAGGGGGUGGCAGCUGCCGGCGUCCUGAGGCUGCUGAAGGAGAAGCUAGGGCUGAGCCCCCUGCAUGUGGAGCCGGGCACCCUGCGGGAGCUUCGACUCAAUGCCAGCCUGCCCGCCCUGCUGCUGGUGCGGCUUCCCUACACUGCCAGCUCUAGCCUCAUGGCCCCCAAGGAGGUGCUAAUGAGCAAUGAUGAGAUCAUCGGGCAGGUGCUCAGUGCCCUGAAGGAGGACGAUGUGCCCUACACGGCGCUGCUGACGGCUGGAGCCCCUCACGAGUUCUCCGGGAUGUCUCCGGGGUGGCCCCAGCGGGGUGAGCCGCCAGCUGCUGCAGAAGCCAACCCCAGCACCAGUGCAGCACCCCCCGGUGCGGUACCCCCUGACCGGGGAGCACCAGAUCCUCUUCUGGGCCCAGAAAUUUCUCCGUGGUCUGGGACAACAGUGGGUCGACCUGACACCCCAACAUUUGGGGCCGAGGCCUCCGUCAAUGUGAGCGGCUCGUCCUGGAGCGCCAGUGACUCCUGGCUGGUGCUGAAGUAUGCAAAUGUCUUGGGGUCCCCUCUGACUGCUACGUUCCACAUGACCAGCCGGUGGUUCCCUGUGUCAGGCCAGGACUGGUUCCAGCUUAGCCACCUGGAGCUGGCAACGCCCUCAGCCAGGCCCACUGUGUUCAACGCCUCACAGGUGACUGCUCCAGCAACUAUGCCUGGCGCGCGCCCACCUCAGCAGCAUGCAGGCCUUUGGUGCUGGCCUUCAGCCCACAGCCCAGCCCCGGCUGGGGGGUGCUGCUCCAGGAUGUACAGCUGCAGGGGUUCAACGUGACGGGCCUGCGGUUCUCCUACGCCAGCGACUGUGCCGGGUUCUUUGCACCGGGCACCUGGAUGGGGCUGCUCACGGCCCUGCUGCUCGGCGCCAUCUUCGCCUGCGGCCUGCACAUGCUGCUGAGCCUCAAGACCAUGGACCGCUUUGACGACCCCAAGGGGGCCACCAUCGCUGUGCCCCAGGGCGAGUAGGGAGGGCCUGGGUCUGCUCCCCCCUGAGCUGGGAUCCCCUGGCUCUGUGCACUUGCCCCACCCCCCCCUUGCACUGGGGCCUGCUCUGUGUGCUGGCCGUGCCCUCCUCCCCCGCUCUGUCCCAAGCUCCACACAGCAGGUUUAAGGGGGGGUGGGGGAAAUCCAGCAUCUCCCCCAACCCUGCCCUGCCUCUGCCCAGGGGGCUCCCAGUGCUUGGGGUGGGGGGGGGGCAGGCUGGGGGUUGUAGACCCCCCUUGCUCUCCUGUCAUCCCCAUGGCUGCUGUCACCUGGGAGCGACCCCCCUACCCCCCCCUGCUGUGCAUUGACUCCCCAACUGCUGGGCUGGGGACUGAUCCCUUAUUUAUUGGGGGGCUACUAGGCCCCCCAUCCUCUCCCCCCAGCCCCUUAAUAAAGAAUGUCUGGGCC